UUUCAACAAAGUCAUAGGUGCCAAAUGAAAUUCAUUUUCUUUACAUUAAACUCAUCUUCGUAGACUACGAAACCAAACCCUAACACAAAGAGAGAGAGGAAAAAUCUCGACUGAAAGUGCCUCAAGCUGACAUGGAUGCGCUGAGGAAGCAGCUAGACGUGUUGAUGGGGGCCAAUCGAAACGGUGACGUAGAAGAGGUGACGCGAAAGUACUUCGAUCGUGACGUCUGCCGCCUGUACCUCUCUGGCCUCUGCCCUCACGACCUCUUCCAACUCACUAAAAUGGACAAGGGACCGUGCCAAAAGGUGCAUUCGUUGCAGCUGAGAAAAGAAUACCAGGAAGCAAAAGCAAAAGGUCUAGAUAAUUAUGAUAGGGACUUGGAGGAUAACAUAGAUAGACUUAUUGUUGAGUGUGACCGGAAAAUCGUUAGGGCUCUGAAGAGACUUGAUGAAGAGGAUGCUAAAGCUGCUAUUGCUAUCUCUGUGUCAGAAGUCACCCUAACACCUGAAAUUCUCGAGUUGUCAAAACAAAUUAAAGAGAAAUUGAAAGAAGUUGAUCAAUUUGACCUCGAAGGCAAGACGGACAUGAAGAUUCGUGCUUUGGAAGAGGUUGAAGAACUAAGAAUUAAAAGAGCGGACAUGCAGUCAAUACUUCUUUUGGAUGCUUUUAACAAAGAUCGUGCAUGUCUACCUCAGCCACUGACAAAUCCUCCACAGUUGGCACCUUUGCCAGCUGCUACUCCAGAUCCUCGCAUACAGGAAAUGAUUAACGAGAAGCUAAAGAAAGCUGAAGAUCUUGGUGAACAAGGAAUGAUAGAUGAAGCACAGAAAGCAUUGGAAGAGGCUGAAGCACUGAAGAAGUUGCCAGCACGCCAGGAACCUGUACUAGAUUCAUCAAAAUACACAGCUGCUGAUGUGCGCAUUACUGAUCAGAAACUUCGUGUAUGUGACAUUUGCGGAGCAUUCUUGAGUGUUUAUGACAGUGACCGUCGCUUAGCAGAUCAUUUUGGUGGGAAGCUUCACUUAGGCUAUAUGCAGAUUCGUGAGAAGUUAGCUGAGCUCAAGGAAGAGAGAGACAAGAAACAGAAAGCCUAUGAAGAAGAGAGGAGAUCAAGAGAGCGGGGAAGCCGGGAUCGGGACCGGGACCGUGACCGUGACCGGGAAUCUAGCAGGGAUCGUGAUAGUCGUGAUAGAGGACGAGACUAUGACCAUAAGAGCAGAGAUCGUGAUAGACAUUAUGACCGUGACCGUGACCGUGACCGUGACCGUGACCAUGACCGUGAUCGAGAUAAAGAUCGUGCUCGCAGCUAUGACUCUAGGAGUCGCCAUAGAUCUCGUUCACGGUCAAGAGAACGUUCCAGGGAUUACGAUCGCCACAGGUUCUCAUUUUUGACAGCUACAAUAUUUUAGUAAUUUCUUUUUGAGUUAUUAUGUCAUGUGGUAGCCCAAUGCACUAUUUAUGAUGGUAAUAGUAAUACACAUCUAGAUUCUAAAGUCCGACACAAUAUCUGAAGUUCAAAGUUUUUUUUGGAUCCGAAGUUCACAUCUAAUGAAGCAUUUCACUCAUUAAUAGUGUUUCAGGUCAACUUUAAUUUUUUGGAAGUGUUUAUAAUUGUUUUAAAUUAUUAAUAUUAGAUAUAUGCAGUGGAUAAUUGUGUAGUAGUGGUGGAGUCUAUGAAAUGUGUAGAUAAAAAGUAGGUUUGACCGAAAAGUGUUUAUAAUUUAAACACCCCCCAGACAAGGGCUUACUUUAGUAUGUUUAGAACUCUUAGAAGUACUAAAAGCGUGCUUUGGAAGUGUUUAAGAACGGUUCAAUUAUUAAUAGAUAGGAAUUAGGAGUAGAUAAAUUGGUAGUACUUGUGGGUCUCUCAAAAUUUGUAGAUAAGUGUUUAUAAACAGUGUAUAACUAUGAGCAAAACAUGGGCUUAGUAGUCUGCAGACAAAAUUUAUAUUUUGUUUAAGAAUGCCAAACAGUAUACUGUAUAUAUGGCUUCAUUACUUAAUAGACCACAGUUUUCUGUUCAUUUUUCAUUGUUUACUCCCUCCCUAUUUAUAUUUCUUUCUUGAUUAGAAAGAAAGAUCUUCUCUUCCUGUUCUUUUUGUGAACAAUGAUGUCAUUUCUAGUCUGGGUAAGUUUCUAAUACCCUAAAUGGUGGAGAAAGGUGCAUGAUUUUGACACUAUUCUGCCUGACAGUAAUGAUGUUAUCCCUUCAAUUCCUCAGAAACACCAAUGACGAUGUUUUAACGUCAACGUUGUAUAUAGUUCUUUGUUAAUGUUGCUGUCUCCUUUUCAAUUGUUUCUGACUUUGUUGUGGCAUCUAGAAAGUCCCACCAGAAAAAAUUUCCAUUGUCGCCUCAAAGCUCCUAAAUUAUUCUAUCAAAGUGAGGUACUGCACAAGUGAUGGUCUUAAUCCUGCUAGUCCAGCUUAUCAUCUAUCUACUGUAAUGGGGAAUCCAUUAAUCCUGAUAGUCCAGCCUAUCAUCUGCUACUCAUCCCAUUAGUUUAAUACCUUAUUUUGUUCACGACUAAUUUCUCUUUUGCUCAUUCAAUGCAAGAAGCCAUAUUCAUCAUUAGGGCUCUUAGCAAUCUAGUGGUAUCUCUCUCAAGAGUUUGCUCCAGCUCUCUCCUCUUACCGUAGUAACAAUUGUAAGUGGAAAAAGGAAUUAGUGUAUUUUGGUGAGCGCGCUAGCUUCAUGCAUAUGGAUAAUGUCCUCUUUUUCCAAACGUGAUGCUGGCUUUUGUUCAUUUCUUUGCAGGCGUCGUUACUAGCUGGAGAUUUAGAGGAGAAAUCUGAAUUUGUAUCUUAUGUUAAUCGACUAUUUAAAUAUUCUGGAGGACAAUGUUUUGUUUUCGAAUUUCCGAACUGCUCUACAUUAAUUGGGAAGAGAUGCUUUGUAUGCCAGUCUUGUGCUGAUUCCAACUCCACUUAUCUAUUUGUGCUUUCGACUUCA